CACCUCUUCUUCUCUACCACCAACACCGUCGCAAACCACUCACCUCCCUUGCACCUACCCAUAUCCACACCGUCGCGCUACUCUCACACUCGCCGUCACCAUGGAAGGCAGCAGACUCGCCCUCAUCAUCCUACGCGUCUGGCUCAUCCUUUGCGCCUGCGUCGUCCUCGGCACCUCUGUCGAUCUCGCCAACUACACCACCAGCCGCGACAUUCAAGAAUUCUGCAAAGUCGUCGAAAACUCGUCCAACUGCAACCUGCACGGCCUCGUUGCGGCAGUCGAGUUCACCGCAUUCGCGGGCGCGUGGGGCCUCAUAGCCGCGCUGCUCGGUCUGAUCUCCGCCUUCAUCACCGCCAUCCCAUGGGUCGCUGUCGCGGUGAUUGAUGGCCUGGCCUGCAUCUUCUACUUUGCGGGCGGUGUGCGCUUGGCCGUGUGGAUCAGCGACUACCCCUGCAGGGGCACGCAUUGCACCGAGCUCAAGGCCGACACUGCCUUCCUGUUCUUGGGCUUGCUCACCACUCUCGUGCUCAUUGCCCUCGGCUUCUUCUGGCAGAGAGGCAGCCGCAAGUUCUAGUCGGGUUGAGAGGGAGAGAACAGCGCGUGGAGAAGGCGCGAGGAGUUUGUUGGAGAAGGAGAGCGGGAUGGAUAUCAUACGGGGCUACGGGGUGGUGGCGAAGGCAUGAUGUUCUAGGCCGGUAAUGGCAAGAUAUCCCUACACGCGUAAUGAAUGAUUUCAAGGCAACGAGUCUGGCAGAGCUGCCUGUCGCAACAUCGCAUCAGCCUGAAAAGCUUCAACGUGUUGAUCGUAGCUGAUGCUAUUCUGCGCACGCGCAGUUGGUAUUGCGGUUCACCAUACUAGGGUCGUUGUGUACAGCAUACAUGUG